CCUACAAACGUCCUUGCAUAAAGUCCACUAGUGGAUAUCCCUACGCUGAAGCUAGACGAAACGUGAGGUGUCCAUUAUGAACAGAGUUUUAAACAAAUCAUCUCUGAGGAAUCUGACUGGCCUCAUCCAGAGGUUUCAGAGCACCUUGGUCGUCGCAGAACACAACAAUGACAAGCUGACCCCCAUUACUCUCAAUGCCAUCACUGCUGCCGGUAAGCUGGGCGGAGAUGUGUCUUGUCUGGUUGCAGGAACAAACUGUGCAAAGGUUGUGGAGGAGAUCAGUAAAGUGCAGGGUGUGAAGAAGAUCUUGGUGGCUCAACAUGACUCUUACAAAGGUGCCUUGCCAGAGGAAUUGACUCCCCUUAUCUUGGAAACACAAAAGCAGUUCAACUUUACUCAUAUCUGUGCUGGUGCAUCUGCUUUUGGAAAGAAUCUGCUUCCCAGAGUUGCUGCCAAGUUGGAUGUUGCCCCAGUUUCAGAUAUUAUUGAAAUCAAAUCUCCAGAUACUUUUGUCAGGACUAUUUAUGCAGGAAACGCCCUCAGCACGGUGAAAUGUAACGAGGCGGUCAAGGUCUUCACUGUCCGAGGGACGGCAUUCGAAGCAGCUUCAACAGAGGGAGGAAGUGCUGCGUCAGAAGAAGUCGCUUCUACUCCUGCCGCUGGAGUUUCUGAGUGGCUCGAGCAAAAUUUGACAAAGAGCGACCGUCCCGAGCUGACAAGUGCAAAGGUUGUGGUGUCAGGAGGAAGAGGCUUGAAGAGCGGAGAGAAUUUCAAACUGCUUUACGACCUUGCUGACAAAUUGAACGCUGCUGUUGGUGCAUCCAGAGCUGCAGUGGAUGCUGGGUUCGUCCCUAAUGACAUGCAAGUCGGACAGACUGGCAAGAUCGUAGCACCCGAGUUGUACAUUGCAGUUGGAAUCUCUGGAGCAAUCCAACACCUGGCUGGAAUGAAAGACAGCAAGACUAUUGUUGCCAUCAACAAAGACCCUGAAGCUCCCAUUUUCCAGGUGGCUGACUAUGGCCUUGUGGCGGAUCUUUUCAAGGCUGUUCCUGAGAUGACAGAAGCUCUAAGCAAGUGAGGGGAAUCGAACCAGCGUGAACCAGAGCAACCAUAGAAAACAGUCAACGCCUUAACACGUUUUUAAAGCUGUAUGUUGGUGUUCUACAAAAUCCCAUUCUUUUAAUUCCAGUUUGAAUGUAGACUGCAGAUAUCAGAUGGUUAAUGGUUAACCUCUGCUUGCAUCUUUUUGCUUUCUGUAGUACAUGUAAAUUGUAUUUAAAGUCUUGGAACAGUACUUUUGGAUGUCUGAAUCUUACAUGUAAGAAGGAAAAGAAAAUGUACAGUAAGUAAAGAGAUGCUUUUGAAAAGCAGUGUAUUAAACACAUAUCUCAGAACGUC